AUGAAAAUAAUAUUCAUUCUUUCAUAUAUAGCUGGGGUUUCAUUUAUUUUGUCGUCUGCUUGUGAAUUUAUAUGUGGUUUUUGUAAGCUUUUUCAGAAACGUACUAAGAAUGAAGAAGAAUAUCCAAGUGAAUCUUGUAAUUUGAAGACAAAAGACACUGAAAAAUCAGAAAAAUGGAAAGAACGAGAAUGGGAUAUUUGGAUAAAGCAGAUAGAGAAAAGUUGGAUAAUUCAGAAUUCGUACCUCGAGAAAUUGACGGGUAAAUGGUUUAAAAACAAGAAAGAUGAAUGGGAAGCAUGGCUAAGAGCCAUGGAAGAUAAAUGGACGUAUUAUAACGAAAAUAUGGAUGACGCAAGCACACUUUAUUAUUUUAAAAAAUCUUUAAAUUGGACAGAUGAUAAGUGGGAAAAAUGGAUAACAAACAUGAAAACAAAAUCCACGUUUCCUAUUGAAAAUAUUGAUGGAGAUUAUGUACUUAAUGUUUUCCGAAAUAAUAUAACAUGGACAACGGAACAAUGGAUAGAAUGGAUUAAUACACCAGUAAGACAAGCUAUGGAAAAAGAUUGGGAAAGAUGGCUUAACGAAGAAAAAUAUAUAAUAAAUAAUUGGAUCCAUGAAAAUUUUAUUAAUUGGAAAAAUAAAAAAUUUGAGGAAUGGAAAAUGAAAAAAUGGAAAGUUGAAGAAGAUGAGUUUUGGGACACAUGGAUACCUAAUAAAAUCAUCCAGUUUUCUAAACGUUUGAUAUAUAAUGUAAAGUGGAAAAAUUGGAAAGAAAGAAAUGAGAGAGAAACGGAACAGUGGAAUCAAUUGAUAGAAAAGAUAGAAUAUGAUAUAUAUAAUAGGGAGACAAGUCAAUGGACAAAAUGGAAAAAUGAAAAAACUAAAUUAUUUAAUACAUGGAUAGAAUCCUUGACGAACACUUGGAUACAAGAGGAACAUUGGAAUAUGUGGACUAACAAAUAA